AUGAUGGUAAUCGACACUAUUUUUAAAUUAAUUACUGAUAGUUUACUAAACUGCACUGAUCAUGCCGAUGCUUCUAAUAUUCAUGAAGUGCCAAGCGCCUAUGUCUAUUUGUCAAUUUGGCAAAUUUCAGAAAUCGAUUUGACAUUUAUGUCAACAUUAAUAUUGGCAACAUUAAUAAGUAUAACAACAGUUUUAUUAAGCGUAAUUCAUAUAAUAUAUAUAUUAUUUUAUGUAACAGAACGAUAUCGGAGAGCAUUUAUUCUUUAUCUUGCUGGCACGUCACCUUUUGUGUCAAUAUUUGCGAUAAUAUCGAUGUAUAUGCCGAGAAUAUGGUUUCUUGCACAUCUUCUUGGAUUUUUAUAUUUUUCAAUAGCUUUAUGGAUAAUAAUUCGUUUAUUAACGAAUAUCUUCGAAGGGCGUCAAAAAAUGAUUAAAAAAAUGAAAAUCGAAUGUUCAAAAAUCACCGUACAAACACCGCCAUUUUGUUGUGUAUUUCCUUGCCUUCCGAAAUUGGAAUUAGAGACGGGUAGAAUUCGUUUUUGUGAACUAAUGGUCUUUCAAGCACCAUGUAUUCGACUUAUUUGCACAAUUUUUAGUUUAAUUUUAUUUUUUGAAUAUCAUAAUGGAGCUAUUGUUGCAUUAAAAGUGCUCGAUUUCAUAUCUUUGCCAUCUUUAUUAAUUGGUAUCUAUGGAACUCAUAUCUUGGCAACUGCAGUAUCCAAAAUGGAUGAAUUAAUGCCAUAUCGAUAUAUAGUUGUUUUUCGGUUACUUGAUUUCUAUUUCAUGUUUUUCGGUAUUCAACAACCGAUUUUCGAUUUUCUUGCGCGAGCAGGAAUUUUUGGUUGUGGCACUGUGUUGCCACCACUGGAAACUGCUUUCUUUUGGAAAAACUUUUUAAUCGUAUUUGAAUCGUUUUUUGUUUCAUUAAUUUCAACAAUGCUUUUAAAGCCAUCUCGAAGUGCUUUAUUCGAUAAAUACCCAUCAUGUCGAAGUUCAUCAUCGUUAGCCACAAAAGAAAGUUCUACUUAA